AUGGUGCCCAUUUUACCCCAGAGCUACGGCUACGGCUUUUCCGUGGGCCUCGGUGCAGCUUUCGCUGUUAUCAUGGUGUUUAUAACCAAAAUGUUGGCCAAGUACAUGGGUCAGCACCAGAAUUCAGAAAGAUUCACCACCGCCGCCAGAAACGUCAAAUCGGGUCUUAUUUCUUCGGCGACGGUUUCGGCGUGGACCUGGCCCGCUACGCUUCUUUCUUCAGGUGCUUGGAGCUAUUCUCAUGGAAUCAGUGGAGGCUACUUCUAUGCUGUAGGAGGAGCCUUGGAGGUGACGCUUUUCAUGUUUUUGGCGAUCGAGAUCAAGCGUAGAGCCCCUGCCGCCCAUACUAUCUCGGAGAUUUUCCACUUCCGGUUCGGAAAAUGGGGCCACAUUGUGUUUUUGUGCUAUUGCAUGGCCACCAAUGUCUUGACCUCGGCGCUUUUGCUACUAGGAGGAUCCCAGGCUUUUGCAGUGACUACCGGGAUGCACACCGUGGCAGCGUCGUUUUUGCUUCCCUUGGGUGUUAUAGUGUACACUGCUCUUGGAGGUCUCAAGGCGACAUUUGUGUCUGACUGGAUCCACACCGUGAUCAUAUACUGUAUCAUUAUCGUGAUGAUAUUCUACAUUUUCUGCACGUCCUCGUUGAUCGGGUCGCCAGGAAAAAUGUACGAUCUUCUCGUGGAGGCCCAGGAGCUCAUUCCUGCUCCAGGCGACAGCUACCUUAGUUUCAGGGACAAGGAUAUGAACUUCCUUGCGUGGUCCGUCACCCUAGGAAACUUGUGUUCUGUAUUCGGUGAUCCAGGAUACGCCCAGCGUGCUAUAGCUGCCGAUGCCCGCUCUGUAUUUGAAGGGUACCUCAUGGGAGGCUUGUGCUGGUGGAUUAUUCCUAUGGCCUUGGGUCUGUCUGCUGGACUUGCUUGUAGGGCGCUUUUGAACAAUCCCGCUUCUGUGACCUACCCUAAUCCGCUUACAGAUUUUGAAGUUGACGCCGGGCUUCCGGUGAUUUAUGGAAUGGCAGCGAUAUUCGGAAAUGGCGGAGCGGCAGCGGGUUUGGUGAUGCUUUUCAUGUCUGUGACGUCUGCCACCUCCGCUGAGCUUAUUGCUUUUUCGUCGAUUGCAACGUACGAUCUUUACAGAACGUACUUCAAGCCCGACGCCACAGGAAAACAGCUUGUGAGAGCGGCCCAUUAUUUUGUGGUGGGUUUUGGUCUUUUCAUGGCGGUUUUGGCGGUAAUCCUUAACUAUGUGGGUGUCACAGUGGGAUGGCUCCUCAGCUUUGUGGGAAUCCUCCUCACGCCCACCGUCAGUAUUGUGAUUUUGGCUGUUUUCUGGAGCAAAAUGACGGCAAGGUCGUUGGUAAUCGGUGCUCCGUUGGCCACCCUUUCAGGCUUGCUCUGCUGGAUCGGCGCAACCUACCAUUUUGGAGAAGGAGUGAUCAACAAAGACACCUUGAUGAUCACGGAGGCCACCUUCAUUGGCAACAUCGUGGCCCUCGGCUCCUGUCCUAUUUACAUUGCCAUAAUCACGCUUCUCAAGCCGGCAGAGGACCCGUACGAUAUGGAUAUUCUCUCUAUUCAGAUCGUCAUGGCAGACGAUGUGGAUGAAGAAGGAAAAGAGGCAGCCAAGGUGACGGAAACAGAUAAACACGUUCUCAAACGGCAGGUCUGGAUGAGUGCUUUCACCAACAUCAUAAUUCUCUUUGGCUGCCACAUUAUCAUUCCUCUCGCCUUGUAUGGCAGCGGAUACGAACUGACCAAAGGCGCCUUUACGUUUUUCAUUGUGGUGAACAUAAUCUGGGCCAUUCUUGCUGCCGGCUACAUCGUCUUUGUUCCCCUCUGGCAGGGCAGAAGGGCCAUCAAGACGGUAUUCAAGGCUCUUCUUGGUAUGGAGAGGCCGCCUGUUUCAGACAACAUGAACAGUGAGAGCCAUGAAUCCAUCGAGCUCUUGGUGUCUGGAAAAGGCACCGACACUACACUCUGA